AUGAGUGGGACUGCAGCUAAAAAGACAACUUUAAGCUCAAUCGAGAGUAGAUUAAGAGCAAACUCAAAUUGGAUGAGUUCUGUUGUUAAUUUAAUAAAAGAUCCAAAUGCAAUAUCAGAGAAUGCAUCGUUUUCAAGUAGAUUAAAUAAUGAAGCUGCAUCUUUGAGUGAAGCAUCGUCUUCGAGCACUGCCAAUUCAAUUGCACCGAAUUCAACAGCAUCUAAUAAUCAUACAACGACAACGACUACGACAACUACAACUACAACCACCACCACCACUUCCAACACCAACUCAGCCAACAAUGUAACAGAUAAAAAACAAUUAAAAGAGAUUCUUAAAAAACAAAUUAGUGAUAUGAAAUUGAAAAGACAAGGAAUGAAAUCGAAAUCAUCUGAAAAUAGUUUAACAAACAGUAAUAAUAAUAAUAGUAAUAAUAAGUAUAAAGAUAUAGUUACACAGCCAAUCAAAAAACAAAAGAGUGCCGAUGGAAGUAAAAAAGAUAUUUUAAUCAAAGAAGAGGAGAUGAGUGAAGAUGAUGAUGAAGAUGAUUAUGAUGAUGAUGAAGAAGAAGAAGAUGAAGAUGAUUAUGAUAGUGAAGAUGAUGAAGAUGAAGAUGACGAAGAUGAAGAAGAUGAUGAAGAUGAAGAUGAAGAUAGUAAACCAACUAAAAAGAUAAUAAGUGGUGAUGAUUUACAAUUUAGUACAUUUGAUUUCAGUAGUGGCGCGCCAGUACCAAGUUAUUUGGCGGUGAAGAAGAAUAAGAGCAAGCUAUCAAAGGAGGAGUUGUUGAGACGUGCAGAGUUGAGAGAGAGAAUCAUAAAGAGAGCGGAGCAGACCGGUGAGGGAAUUGAAAUUGCAGAGACUCUAAAGUGGUCGUCCGCUCUCGACAAGGCAAAGGGUAUCAAGGUGAAGGACAACGUUGCACUACUGAAGCGUUCCAUCAAGAAAGAGAAAACCAAGAAACUAAAGAGUGAACGUGAGUGGAACGAACGAAAGAGAGACGUCGAAACAAAGAAACGUGAACGUAUCAAGAAGAGAGAAGACAACAUCAAGAAGAAGAUCGACAAGAAGAAAGAAAGAAAGAUGGGUGGUCCCAAGAAAGUAAAAGGUGGUCCACCAAAGAACAAAGGUAAAGACAACAAAAAGAAACCUGGAAACAAAAACAAGGGCGGUGAUAAUAAUCAAAAGAGAGCUGGUUUCGAAGGUAAAAAGAAAUCAUUCUUAAAUAAAUAA